GAUUGGAGCCGAACUACUUGGGAAUGUUUGCAAAGUUUGUGGGAAAGUGUUCAACGGAAGGAAUUGGAAACAAAAUCUUGAGUACCAUUUCUUAACUCAUACAAAACAAAAGCCCUUCAAAUGCCCCAUUUGCCCACACAGCUCAGCCCUUAAGUAUAAUUUAAUCAGACACAUUCGCAAUAGACAUAGCGAGCUCUUGUCCCCCGCAUAUCAGAAUCAGCAGGGUGACAGGGAAGGCCAUGAAAUGAGUGGCCAAGGGAGUCAGUUGCCCCUUAGUAGGCUUGUCUCCCGUGAGAUUCAGUUACCCCCCGUACGCGAGAGUCAGCUACAUUCCAACCACGACAUUCAGUUGCUCCAUAGUAGAGAGAUACAGGGUGCACAGAAUCCAACUGAGGUUCAGAUGCCCUCCAAUCAGGAGGUCCCUUUACCCCCAAACUGUGAUAUUGGACUGCCUCUCAGUCAGGAGAAUCAGCUCUGCCUCACUCAAGAGGGUCAGCUGAACCCCAGCUUAGGGAACCUAAUGCCAUCUAAACAGGAGGACAAGAUGUAGGAAAAGUAAAACAAAUGUUGUAAUGGUAGUUGUCAAUGACAUGUUAAGGGAAUUGAUAUAUAUAUAUAUAAAAUUGUUCUGUUUAGCAAUUGUGGUGGUGCUGUUUGAUUGAUUGUCCGAAGUGAAAAGCGUGAAGUACUGAGAGUAGGUUUGUGUGUUGCAGGGGGAGGAGGGAG